AUGACGAUGGGCCUGUUUAGGAUUGUCACCAGUAUCGCUGUUGUUACCGCUUUCACAGGCAUUUUCGCCAGUGUUAACGAGUCGCAGUUGCCUUCUCAAGCUGUCGUGGGCUUGUAUUUUGUUGAUCCCCGCUCGUUCGCCGUGAUGGGUCCAAAUGCAGACUUCCGCAACGAUUCCUUCACCGUGCUGUUCAAUCCAACCUCGACUACACCACCAUUUUUCCAGAUUUUCGACCAAAGAUUUUUGGCCAUCCUUGGAGAUGCUCCAUCAUUCCGUGAGAUCGCGUCCAACGCGACAUUUGCUUUUGCACAUGAGGCACCUGUCUACAAUGAACCCACCGAUGAGGUCUUCUUUUCUUCAAAUGAUGGAGGUCCUCUUGGAAUGAGCGACCUCAACCACAACAAUGUAAUUAGCAAAAUUAGUAUGAGGGAAGUUGAGGCGGCUUUAUCCGCGAAUGCAACGGGGCCAGUCAAUGUUCCUAUAACUCAACUGAAUCUCUCAGACAGCAUACAGAUGACAAACGGAGGAACAGGGCCAUACAACUCAUCUUUGCUCCUAGUCACAUCUGGACGUGGAUCUUUACCACCUUCUAUCGUGCUUGUGAACCCAUUGCCCCCUUAUAAUGUUACCGUGCUGUUGGACAAUUACUUUGGUCGACAAUUUGUCUCCUUGAAUGACAUCAAGGUUCAUCCAACAAACGGAAAAUUAUUCUUUACAGAUGUAGAUUAUGGAUUUCUCAACCUUUUCCGCCCGGCUCCCCUCAUGCCAUUUCAAGUCUACCGAUUUGACCCAGUCACCAGCGCAGUGCGAGUUGUUGCAGAUGGGUUCAAUAAACCCAACGGGAUAGCGUUCACUCCUGACGGAAAUACUGUCUAUGUCUCUGAUACUGGGGCGUCCGGCGGUUUUCUCGGAAACAAUCUGACUUUACCGGCCUCUAUCUAUGCCUUCGACGUGGAUCCAGUUACUCAUGCAUUCAAAAAUCGACGAGUUUUAGCUUACGCGGACGCGGGAGUCCCUGAUGGGAUUCAACUGGACAGCGAUGGUAAUAUCUACAGCGGGUGCGCUGAUGGAACUCAGGUAUGGGCUCCUGAUGGAACUCUGCUUGGAAAAUUCUUUUUGGGUAUGAGUACCGCUGAAAUGAUUUUCGCGGGGGAUGGUCGAUUGGUCAUUUUGGCCGAAACUAAGAUGUAUCUGGCCAAAAUUGCAGCCAAGAGUAUUCCUCUUGGUGGUCCCGCUGGAGUUUGA